UUCUGUGAUAAAUGUGGCAUUUAAGUUACUAAAUUAAACUAAACAUUAUAAAUAAAAAGAAAAAUAUGGUGCACAAUUGAAAGAAAUAAGCCAACGGUUUUUGUUUAUAUUUGGCCCCACCACCCACACACCCACCGAGCAGCCAAGAUGUCUUACUCCGCGGAGCGAGCUCUAUCCUUUCUGUACCCCACAGCGAUCGUCGCUUCGGUGGUCUGUUGCAUCACCUCGGCGGUGGCCUGGACUCACUGGCGCUACGUCCUGAAUGCCUGUCCGGACACCAACUGCGGCUGCGUCCUUCACAGCCGGAGCACGUACAACAGCUUCGAGGGCGGCAAUAUUGCCUACUGCCACUACGCCACCUAUGGGCUGAUACUGCCGCUGAUCUUUGCCGUGGUGCUGGGUAUCUAUCAUGGAUAUCGGAUGUGCAUCGGGCGGGGCAAGCCCAAGACUGGCACGGCCACCAUCAGUCAGCGAUCCGGUGAAAUAAUUGUGGUAAAUACCGAGUCGGAACUCUCACCCCAUGGGCUCUCUCCAUAUUAUUGGCUCCCGGCCACCGUCAUCUCUGUGAUCAUGGCCAUCUAUCAGCUGAUCUACUCUGCCAUAUUCACCGAUGGAUUUGAGGUGACCUGCAAGCAGUACAGGGAGUCGCUUUUGAAGGAAAUCCAGGGCGUGGGCAAUAUAGUGCCCGUGAUCAAGUCCCGAUUGUCGUGUGCCGCCGUUUUCGACUUUAUGGACUACUUGGUGGAGAGCAUCUCGUAUGAGAGGAGGCGCUAUGGACGCAUUAAUACCGCCGCCUGCUUGUAUUUCACCCUGGUCUUCGCCUGGUUGGCCCUAUUCGCCUGGCUGGCCAUCUGUGUGAUCAACAUUGUGAAUCUGCGCCGAACAAAAGCCGCCAGAAUCUGAGCAAGGUCCUCAGCAGCAGGGAAAUAAUGCCAGCCUAAUAUAUUGGAAUGGAUGAAGCAUAAACUAAGACAUUCCCCACGCACAUUCGCCUUAUAUAUUUUAUCGUAGCCUUACGAAGCGCCACUUAUUUAUUAGUAGAAACCCACACAUCAAUUACGUCCACGGUUCGAACCGCCAUCAAAACGCAUUGUACAAAUAAAUGUCUGAGCAACAACGAACGAUUAAUUAAAUCACGACAUAAGUUUUACAAAA